UUUUCAGUUUCAGAAUUUUGAAAAACUUUUUGAUCAAAUCAAAGAGUUAUGGAAGAGGAGAGAAACAACAACGUCACGGCUUUGAACAAUCCGCAUCAUUCCACCGCCGAUCUUCUUUCUUGGUCUGAGAUCCGCCGUCCUGACUAUUCCACCGCCGCUAACCGCUCUAACCAGCCGUCUGAUGGAAUGAGCGAGGUACUUGGCGGCGGCGGUAGGAUCACCAACGCGGAAUCCGAAUCGCUUAAUAAGAAUGUUUCGUAUAGGAAGAACUGUUCUGGGCAUAAGUUGAAAGAAAUGACUGGUAGUGACAUAUUCUCUGAUAAUGGUAAAGAUGAUCCAAAUCAUCAGACAAGGAUCCAUUACCAUCAGGAUCAGCAAAGCCAGAUAUCUUUCAGCGGUGAAGAGAAUGUGACUCCUAAGAAACCAGUUACUUUAAACGAGGCUGCAAAGCAAAAGGAGUUGAGUAGGACUGUAGAGACGGAAGCUGAUUCAAAGAGCAAGAAGAAGCAGGUAUCAAACACCAAGAGCAGAGCAAUGAGUGGUCACGACAUCUUUGCAUCUCCUGAAAAGCAACCUCGCCGCUUGUUAGCUGUGACGCAAUCGGAAGUUAAAGGAAAUAGGAACACGGAGGAAUCUGCACCGAGGAGCUCGCGUGCAUCUGUUAAAGUCUCUACCGGGCAAAGCGGCAACAAAAUGUUUAGUGAAGAACAUGUUGUGAAGUCAUCAAAGAAGAUACAUAACCAGAAGUUUCAAGAACUGACAAGCAAUGGUAUCUUCAAAUGUGACAAAAUCCCUCCUGGUUACUCUGAAAAGAUGCAAAGCUCGGCUAAAAAGCGGGAAAUGAGCGGCCACAAUAUAUUUGCGGACGGGAAGUCGGAAUAUCGCGAUUACUAUGGUGGCGCAAGGAGACCUCCCGGUGGUGAAAGCAGUAUUUCAUUGGUCUAAAUGAAACCUCAGACACUCUUACUAAGUUUAUGUUUAGGAUCUUAGGAUUUUAGUUUUCUUAAGUUUGUCUACCCAAAAGUGGUUUGUGUUCGUGUGGUCUUCUCUUUUGUCUAAUGCUCUUCAUUCAUAAUAAAUAUUAACUUCAACACGGACUUGUGUGUUCUGUUAUCUAUCUUUUCAUUUCUCUAUCAA